AUGUUCAUUUAUCUACCCAGUACUGCACAGAACACCGACAGUAAGAUGACGAUAAGAAAACCACUUCACAACCGAGGCGAACCAUAGAAAAGAAGAUGUUGUCUUUGUAUUGUGAUUCCAUUAACCGCAAGUAAUUGUUAAUAUUAUAAAUCCAGGGUAAACCACAGUAACUCUAUUGCGCCUCUACCUUGUGCCGCGAGCGGUUGCGAAAGGCAUUUACUCUAGCAGAGCAUACAGUUUUUGGUCCGGGCCCACUUUUCUUUUUUUCAGCAAAAAAGAUGGUAUUAAGCAGGGCAGAGGUACUCCGCCAGGAAGCCCGAAAAACGGAAAGAAGCAAUACUCAACCAGGCUGACUUGAUCGAUGUCUUUUCCGUUCACCAGCGCUGUCCUUCAUAAGAAUUUCACCGAGUAAACUAAAUACCUAUCAUGGAUCAGCCGGUGGCAUUUGCUCCCGCCCCCGAACUUUUGAUUUUUCCAGACCCAUAUCUAGGAAACCCGAUAAUCCGGGAUUUUCUCAUCUUGCGCAGCCAGCGAAAUGGUGGCGUUGAAUCAGAGGUACCAACACCCAUAGACAAUCCCUCGUCAUGCCUCAGCGAUUCGUUUCUGCUGUCUCAGGACUCCGUGUUGUCACUUGGGCACACGCGUCCACCACCUAGGGAUGAGAGCCCGGAUUCGGAUCCUAUUGUGGAGCCGAAUGGCCAGGCACUAGGGGGAUCCUUGCCAAGUGCCGAGUUUGCACCCAUUCUUAACACCGAUUCCGAGGAGCUGAACUUCCGGACUGACAGAGAUGCUACAGUGUUUGUGCCUACACGUGCACUGUCGACAUUAACGCGCUUUGGUAGAUUAAUGGAGGAUCUCGAGGUGCUGCAGGGAAUUCGUGUGGCCAGAUUUCUGGAUGUAGCAGACGGCGAAUCAGAGUCCGAAUCAGACGAAAACUCCUUUUCUGAGCUGAUGCUUGCUGUAGAGACGCAAGUCACUAAAGCAGCCCCAAGAAAUAUUGUUGAGUGGCUAGCAGAAAGCUUUCGACAGCUGCGCAAAACAAGACCGUCAUCCAUAGAUGGUAUCAUCAUGCUGCAUGAAGCAUCACGGGCAGCACACGCUGCAAAUCAAAAACGCCAGCGUAUGCGCUGGAAUUCGUUAAGAUCCCAAAGAGCAUGUGAGACCAGCAAAAGCAGCAAUGUGUUUGCACGGCUACUCAAGCGCUGGCGCAGACCAAAAGCACCCACACCACAGCCUUCCUUCUUGAUCAACCGGCUGCUGAAAGAACGCUUUUCCAAUUACUUUUAGCGAGACACUAUAUAUGUGUUACUAUGUGUGAGACAGCACUUCCGAGGCGUUUUAGCGGAAUUAGAUGAAACACGAAUUGUCAUUCUCGUGGAACUUGCAUACUUAUUAUCAAAUGUGGAAAACCCAGACACGAGGUACAAGGACAUCGUUUGGGUGUGGCCAAAGAAAAAUCUAGCUGAGAUGUUAUUUGAAAAACAACCCAGUUAUUCUAAAGGAUAAGUGUCUCUUGUAGGUCCGAAAUCAUUCAAGAGAAAGUUUUUAUAGAAAAGG